GCCCGACCUUCAAGCUAUUAUGCGCCUUGAUGAAUGGAUAGGCGCCAUCAUUUCUGAUUGUCAUGGGAGAAUUGUCCCACUCAAACUUGCCCCAGAGUAUAUAGCGAUAUAUUUUUGUUAUUUUCCCCUAUCUUUUCAAUCUCCCUAGAGUUAUACGGCGCUGCCCACUUUCACAUCUGUGUGUGGUUACCUCCCUCCCCCUGUUUCCCCGCCAGGUCAAACAUGUUUUCUGGAAUCAAUGCUCACUUCCGCAAGAGUCCAGUCACCCCCAGCGCCCCUGACCGUGGCUCGCCGAUCGAUCUUCCUGAAGGAAGCCAGCCUUCAACAACUCCGGUAGCUAGUCUGCCCGCUCAGCAAACCUCUCUCCCCCUAGACGAUACCCCUGAAAUGGACCAAUCAAGCGGCAGAAUGCCGACCGCCGACGAGAUUCUGGCCUCCUACCACCUCCCAAUGCCAAAGCCAUUAUGGCUCAACGCAGCCCAUGCAAAGCACAUUGUUAAGGGGAAUUUUAUGACACUCAGUGCCCGGCCUAAGACGGUGGAAAUGGGCGAGUGGAUUGCUCACCAAGUUGUCGAGCACUGGCGCAUCCUCAUUACUUUCAUCCGUCUUGUUCACGACAAAGAGGGGGAUGGCUUCUCCAUUUGCAAUCCCAGGAAAUGCCCCAAGAUGUCUGCUGGGCCGAACCAUUCCUUUACCUGGCUGAACUCCCGCCUGGAGCCAUGCGAGAUUCCAGCCUGCGAGUACUUGAGCCUCGUGCAGCGCUACAUCUCCGGCAAGAUCGACGACCAGAGGAUCUUCCCGACGGACGCGACGGGCAUCUCUUUCGCCGACAACCCUGCCUUCUGCUCUCCGCUCCUCACCGACGGCGCUGAGGAAGACUGGGUCGGCAAGCGCAGCGGUUUCCCCAAGAACUUCCUCGACGUCUGCCAGACCAUCUUCCGCCAGAUGUUCCGCGUCUACGCCCACCUGUACUGGACGCACUUCGAGGACCCCAUGUUCCACAUGAACCUCGAAAAAUCCAUGAACAGCUGCUUCAGCCACUUCAUCCUCACCGCCACCACCCUGGACCUCCUCAGACCGGCGGACCUGGAGCCGAUGCAGCCGCUGAUCGACCUCUGGGCCGCCCUCGGAACUUUCCCGCGCGAGUCCAAGGCUUAUUCGUACGCGAACCUACCCGUCGGCGAGCGCCUUCUGCAGCUGGCCGGCGUGGCCCCUUGAAAAGCGGCAGGGACUGCUGCCGAGCUGGGGGCUGAGAAGCGGCCCUUUUUUAGGGCCUCGCCGGAAGCAAUCUAAAUUCCCGACUCUUGUCUACUGGCGCGGGUCAGCCAGUCUUGAAGGGGAUCCGUCCUCAACGGUAUAUCUACAGGAGCGCUUUCUUAUGUCGGGCACACAAUUGAACUGCGUGUUUUUUUAUAGUUCGUUCCAUAGCGAUCAAAGAGCGAUAUCAGGACACAUAUGAAGAUGAUUCUCCCGCGCCGUCGAAAUUCCGAUACGUGCCGUAGAUGAGCGGAUUUUACUGAUUCUGGC